CGUGGUUGGUGAGGAAAAAAGAAGAUUUUAUAGAUCCACAGAUGCAAGAAAGUUUGUACGACUUGCAGUCCUCUGGGAAACUAAUUGCGCUUAAGGAGUUACUUAGAGACGCAGGUUUUGCUUUCCGAGAGCUUACUGCUGCUGACAAUGACAUGUCCCUUAUAUAUUGCGGCAGAGACGAAGACCAGAUGUCUGAUACUGAUGACCACGAGAAGAUUUUGAUGCCUGAUUGUCAAGAUUCUUCCGGGGACGAACUGAGGCAACAUCAAUUGAACAGGCAAGAGUCGAGAUGCUUGAUAUUUGCUCAGUUUACACAGAGCCUGGACAUUGUGGAAGAACUUCUCAUAAAGCGAUAUAUGCCAUCCAUGAAGUACCUCCGACUAGAUGGCAAAGUUCCAGUACCCCAAAGAACGAUUGUUGUUGACAAGUUUAACCGCGAUGAAAGCUUCAAGUUGUUGCUCUUGACGACCAAAAUAGGGGGAUUGGGGUUGAAUAUAACCGGUGCAGACACAGUGAUUUUCCUGGAACACGAUUGGAAUCCGCACUCAGAUCUUCAAGCUAUGGAUCGAGCCCAUCGCAUUGGGCAGAAACGAACCGUUCAUGUGUACCAACUGGUAACAAUGAAUUCGAUUGAAGAAAAAACAAUGAUGCUUCAGGAACGAAAACUGGCCAUGAGUAACGCUAUUAUCAAUACCAACAAUUCGUCAAUGUAUAGUAUGGGAACCGACUGUUUGCUCGAUAUCUUCCAGUUUCGAAGUGAAUCGGCCUCCUCCGCAAAAUCAUCUCAUACUGAUUUCGAUAUUGACAACACCAUAGACACUUUGGUCGAACGCUAUCAAGACGAAUAUAAAAGUCUCUCACUCAGAGACUUCCUCGCGGGAUUUGAGCCUACACAAAAGAAAUGAAUUCUAUCUACAUCAAAAUUCAUAAAUUUCACACGUCACUAAUGUAUCGUUGAAGUGAGUAUCCCUGACAAAUAUUAAAUAUUAAACCUAUAUGAUCUCGUUAGCUCACUGCUGAGCCAUACACUGAAAUACCAACCUCUCCACUGCCAAUGCAUUAUUUCAUUGAACCUAAGUUACCUAUCAUAACAAAAAAAUCAUGGAAUUCAUCAGUGGUGAUAACGUCAAAAACGACAGAGUUUAGCAAUUUAAGUUGAAUGUAAGAGAAGUAACCCCAGAAUUCAGGAUGAAGCGUCUGCGAGGCCAUGCUGUUGGUUUCAAUAUGAUAUCAAUUUUGGAUGUAAAAAUAGCUCAGCUAUUUUUCUGGCUACUAAUAGAGUGAGUGGUGAAGAAAAAUAAGUGAUAAAAACAUGU